AUGGUAGCUACAGGAAUGUCAGUUAUAAUACGUAUGGAAUUAAGUUCAGGUAAUAGUCAAUUUUUACAUGGAAAUAAUCAAGUAUUUAACGUAAUGGUAACAGGACAUGCUAUAGCAAUGAUAUUCUUAUUCGUAAUGCCUGUUAUUAUUGGAGCAUUUGGUAAUUUUUACUUACCAAUAAUGAUAGGUGCUAUGGAUAUGGCAUUUGCAAGAUUAAAUAAUAUAAUAGAUUUUGGUAUAUUUGCUAUACAUUUAACAUCAAUAUCAAGUUUAUUAGGAGCAAUUAACUUUAUAGUAACAUUCUUAAACAUGCGUACUAUUAAUGUACUUUACUUUACAGCUAUAUUAUUAUUAUUAUCAUUACCAGUAUUAACAGGUGCUGUAACUUUAUUAUUAAUGGAUAGAAACUUUAAUACAGGAUUCUAUGAAGUAGGUGCAGGAGGAGAUCCUGUAUUAUAUGAACAUUUAUUCUGA